AUGAUUAAUUGUAUUUUCAAUUAGUGUAUAAUCUUUAUCUAUACAAAAGAAAAUGUGAAUUAAAUUCUUCUUACUUAAAUAGACAGACAAGAAUAACAAGUUAUUUAUUAUUUUAUUAGAAAAUAGGAUCUCAAAAGUUGUAAUGGAGUAAUUUUAGUAGUCAACUAUUUUUAUUUGCCAUAAAUAGAACUCGUAAUUGCAGAAUAAAUAAAACAAGAAAUUAAGUUAUGUGACUAAUUGAUGGAUUGAAAUAUAAUGAAGUUGGCCUUUGAUAUUUUUAUACAAAAAUGAGUAAUCAUUAUGUUAUAAUAUUAUCAGUUUAGAGUUUAUGUUCAUCAGCAAUAGGAUACAGAAGCAUGAUUAUUGGGUGUUUUUGAUUUUUGGAUCCAUUCUUAACAAUAAUUUGGUAUAUUCACUGAGAUUGCCAAUUUUUCUUUUUAUGAGUAAAUUGAUUUUUUAGUUUAUUGUAGAAUACCCAAAAUAAAGAUGUAAGAUAAUACUUAUUUAAUAUACUAUUAAGAUGAAAAUAAUAAAUUUCUGUCAUUACUUUAUUAUUCUAUUACUAAAAUGCUUCUAAUUACAAUUCAUUAGAAACAAAUAGAAUAUUUAGAGGAUAAAGUUGGAAUAAAAUCUAAUGAUUCAGAUUCACCUUAUUAAAUUCUUUUAGGAAUAGAUUUUGUUGCAAGCCUAUCAAAAUGUAUUUUAUUAAUUUAAAUAUUAGUUAUUGAAUCAUUAGAUACAAAUAUUUUAAGAAUUAUGGAAUAAUUGA